UUUUAUGUAUUACCUUCAGAUAAUAUGUAUUCGCAUUUCGUAUUAUUUUCCUUCACGAAUAUGCACGUAGACAGAUAUAAAUACUUCUGACACUUGUUGCUUCAAUCUGGUAAUUCCAAAGUGAUUCAAGAUUAAUAAUCAUUAUUAAGGAGUUAAAAAAAUUCUUAUUUUUUUCUACAAUUUUUUUUAAUACUAUGAAAAAUACAAUAAUUACAAUCAUUUUAAUAACUAAAUAUAGUUUGGUAAAAUAUGGAUAUGCACAAUGUGGAAUAGACAAAUUCAAAUGUAAAGAUGGACAAUGUAUAGCAAAUGAAUUAUUAUGUGAUGGACAGGCAAAUUGUAAAGAUGAAUCUGAUGAAACAUAUAUAGAGUGUAAUAAACCUGAAAUGGCUACAUGUCCAGAUUAUACAUUUCGUUGUUCAUAUGGUGCAUGUAUAGAUGGAGAUGCAAUUUGCAAUGGAAUAAAAAACUGUAUUGACAAUAGUGAUGAAACAUUACCUAACUGUAUAAACAGUUCAUUCAAUACAUCUACAUCAUGUGCAAAAAAUCAAUUUAAAUGUAAUAAUCGACAAUGCAUUGCUGAAAGUAAUUUAUGUGAUGGCAUAGCAGAUUGUACAGAUAAUUCAGAUGAAACAAUUAUUCAAUGCAGUUCAAUUAACUGUCCCAAAUUCUUUUUUCGUUGUGAUUAUGGUGCCUGCAUUGAUGGUGAUUUAAAAUGCAAUGGAAUUAAAAAUUGUGCAGAUGGUUCAGAUGAAUAUCCUAGACAUUGUAAAGAAAUAGAAGCAACUACACCUAGAUUAAUUCCUAUUACUUUAACAACUUCGCAAUCUCCUGUUACAAUUAAAUCUAAAUCUUGUCUUGUACCACCACAACCAAUAAAUGGUUAUUGGAAAUUGCACAAGUCACAAUGUUGUACUGAACAAGAUGGUUAUCAAUGUGAGAAUUGUAAUGUUAAACAAGGUACAUGGUUAGAAUCAGGUGCAUAUUUAGUAUAUACGUGCAAUUCUGGUUAUAAAUUAAACAAUUCUGGUAUUGCAUUUUGUAGUCGAGGUGAAUGGUUAAGUAUUCCAGCUUGUAUAGAAAUACGUUGUGCAAAGUUACAAUCACCUUCUAUGUUUGCUAUUUGUAAACAUGAUGAUUUACCAGUGUCAUGUUUUGAUUCUGUUUUACCUCGAACAACAGCACAAUUAACAUGUUCUCCUGGUUAUCGUGAAGAUACAAGGCUGACAUCAUCUUCAAAUGUUAGAUGUAAUAAUAAUGGUCAAUGGGAACCAGAACCAAUACAAUGCAUUCCAGCAUGUGGUAUUUCGACUCCAUCAUCUAAAACACUUAUUGUAAAUGGAACUCAACCACAAAUUACUGAAUUUCCGUGGCAUGCUUCACUCUAUGUAACAAAGAAUUCUAGUGUAUCAAAACAAUUUAUAUGUGGUGCAACUAUUAUACAUGAAAGUCUUCUAAUUACAGCAGCACAUUGUGUUUAUGAUGAUGAUAAUAAAAAAUUUUAUGAUGCUUCAAAGUAUGAUAUAAUUACAGGCAAUAUUUUUAGAGAAUAUGAUAAUCCUCUUCAUGAUAUAAAAAUAGUAAAAAAAGCAAAGGUGAAAAAUAUAUACAAUGUUUGCAGUUAUCUUGGAUUUGAUGGAAAUUAUGCUGCAGAUAUAGCUAUAUUGGAAAUUACAGAACCACUUAUAUUUUCAUCUUUCUUAGUUCCUAUAUGUUUAGAUAUUUUGGAUGAGAUUUCAUUACACGCAGGAAUUUUAGGAAAAGUUGCAGGAUUUGGAAGAACUGCUUCAAGUCCAUCUAGUCAAAUUUUACAGACAAUUAAAUUGCCAAUUGUUUCUGAAGAUCAAUGCACAUCAAGUACUAAUGAUUCAAGAAAAUAUAUUGCAGCAUAUGAUAAAUUUUGCGCAGGUUAUGCAAAUGGUUCUUCCGUUUGUGAUGGUGAUAGCGGUGGCGGAUUAAUUUUCGAAAAACGUGGUCAGUGGUAUUUAAAAGGCAUUGUUAGUCUUAGUGUUGGUAUAAAAAUAGUGGGAGGAAGUAGGAUUUGUGAUAGCUAUUCUUAUUCUUUAUUUACUGAUCUUGAUCAUCAUAUGACAUGGAUUCAAGAUAUUAUUGUAAAAUUAGAAACACAUAAAACAAUACCUUUAUGUAUCGAAAGAUAUAAUACAAAAUAUAGAUACAAUACAUAAAAGAUAUAAUACAUAAUACAAAAUAUAUUAAUAAAGUGUCAAUUUUAAUAAUAUAUUACUAUAUUACUAAUAAAAUAUACUACUAUAAAAUAUAUUACUAUAAAAUAUAUUACUAUAAAAAUUUCAUUGAAAAUGAAAAAUUUCAUUAUUACAAUAAAAUUUUCAUUGAAAU